CUUGAUUUCCAUUCUGCUUUUUACGGGCUCAGUUGCAGCAGCGAAUAGGAUCGUCAUCGUGAUUGAUUGUAGCUUUGUCUCGUUAUUAGCUAUCGAAAGUGCUUGCCAGUGAUUUUGAUUUAUUAUAAUUAUAUUGUUGUUUUUUGAUAUUUUUUACGAAUUCGUCUAUGAUGGCAUAUCAGCUGACAAAAUGCGGUUCCCUGUUGUACGGAAAUCUGACCAAAACGGCUCUGCGAAGUAUCAGUACGACCGGAGUCGUUUGUGAACCAAGAAAGCUCCCUGACAAAACCGGAAAGAAUGUAGUGCUAGUCGACGGGGUGCGGACUCCGUUUCUCAUGUCCGGAACUACCUAUUCUAAGCUGAUGCCUCAUGAACUGGCACGUCAUUCGUUGCUGAGUCUGUUGCGCAAGACUAAAAUCGACAAAGAUAUCAUCGACUACAUCGUAUACGGUACCGUCAUUCAAGAGGUCAAAACAUCAAACAUUGGCCGUGAGGCUGCCCUGGCGGCUGGUUUUAGUGAUAAAACGCCCGCUCACACGGUCACAAUGGCUUGCAUUAGCUCCAACCAGGCUAUCACCACCGGAAUAGGAUUGAUUGCGACCGGAACAUACGACGCGAUUGUAGCGGGAGGUGUUGAGUUCAUGUCCGACGUUCCAAUUCGUCACAGUCGCAAAAUGCGUUCGCUAAUGUUGCGGGCCAAUAAAGCUAAAACUGCCGGCCAGCGUUUGCAGCUGUUGGCUUCUAUUCGACCAGAUUUCUUCGUUCCUGAGCUGCCGGCCGUGGCAGAGUUCUCAUCUGGUGAAACGAUGGGUCAUUCGGCAGAUCGUUUGGCGGCCGCCUUCAAGGCAAGUCGUCAGGAACAGGACGACUAUGCGUUAAGAUCGCAUACUUUGGCUAAAGAAGCUCAGGAAAAAGGAUACUUUACGGAUUUGGUUCCCUACAAGGUCGCCGGUGUGGACAAAACCGUCGACAAGGAUAAUGGAAUUCGUGUUUCAACCAAGGAAGCUUUGGCUAAACUAAAGCCAGCUUUCGUUAAACCGUACGGAACUGUCACGGCAGCGAAUGCUUCCUUCUUGACCGAUGGUGCAUCCGCUUGUCUUAUCAUGACUGAAGCCAAAGCGAAGCAAUUGGGACUUCGUCCUAAGGCUUACCUACGGGAUUUCCUGUAUGUGUCUCAAGAUCCCGUUGAUCAACUGCUGCUGGGACCUGCCUAUGGUAUUCCGAAGCUGCUGAAGAAGGCUGGACUCACACUGAAGGAUAUUGACUCGUGGGAAAUUCACGAAGCGUUCGCCGGUCAAAUUAUCGCUAAUUUGAAGGCACUUGAUUGCGAUUACUUCUGUAAAAAUUAUCUCGGACUGAGCGAGAAGGUUGGCACUCCAGAUCUGAGCAAAUGGAACAACUGGGGCGGUUCACUUUCGAUUGGUCAUCCAUUCGCGGCCACCGGUGUGCGACUUUGCAUGCAUACGGCUAACCGACUUGUACGCGAAAAUGGUCAGCUCGGAUUAGUGGCGGCAUGUGCCGCUGGUGGACAGGGCGUUGCUAUGCUGCUCGAAAGGCACCCAGAUGCCAAUGCCGAGUAAGCAAGUCGCAACAGUUAAUCAAGAAUAGGUUAUUUUCUUUCAUUUCCGAACGGUUUUACGUAUGGCACGAAUGAAAUGUAACUUUGUACGAAUAUGUAUCGGGAUUGUGGUAAGGUUUAAGAGAUUCUAGCACUGUUGGAUAAGUUUAUAAGAUAUUCAAGAAGACCAGCUGGUGUGUAGUAUUAUACCAGUGAAUCUUACCUAAAUUACAAAUUGACUAGAACGACAAUCACUUUUCUGAUUAUUUUCUUCAUUUCUAGAUUUGUUAAUGUACUUGUGUAUGUAGUUCCAAGUUUUAUUUUUUCAUAAAAAAUGUUCACCUUUAGAAAAAUUGACUUUCUGUAUGGCCGAAAUAAACUUAUAAUAUAAAACCAGUAAACUAUGGCACUGACUUAA